CGAGGGGCAGGCUGGGAAGCGCCGCCAUGUUGGCGGCGUCCGCGCUGUAUUGUCAUAAAUAGAGCCGGUUAUGUAGUGUUUUCACUAUUCGGUUGGCUGCCUCGGCCGUGGUGAGUGAGAGAGUGUGCGAGCGAGCGAGCGACAGGCGACCAGAGGAAAACCGACAAGAGGAGGGGAAGGAGCCAGAACGGGACUCCGGAGCGGGGGACACUCGCCGGUGAGGGAGGCGCAGGAAGCGAUGAAAGAAACGUCUGCAAACACCGUGCUGGACAGCCAGCGUAAACAAAAGCAUUAUGGAAUCACUUCUCCAAUUAGCUUGGCAUGUCCUAAAGAAAUUGAUCACAUUUACACACAGAAAUUAAUUGAUGCCAUGAAACCAUUUGGAGUUUUUGAAGAUGAGGAAGAAUUGAACCACAGGCUGGUUGUUCUUGGUAAAUUAAACAAUUUAGUAAAAGAGUGGAUUUCCGAUGUUAGUGAGAGUAAGAAUCUCCCACCUUCUGUUGUGGCUACUGUUGGUGGAAAAAUUUUCACUUUUGGCUCCUAUAGGCUUGGAGUACAUACCAAAGGAGCUGACAUUGAUGCACUUUGUGUAGCUCCAAGACAUGUGGAGAGAUCUGAUUUUUUUCAGUCUUUUUUUGAAAAAUUGAAGCAUCAAGAGGGCAUUAGAAAUUUAAGAGCUGUAGAAGAUGCCUUUGUACCUGUUCUAAAAUUUGAAUUUGAUGGAAUUGAGAUUGACCUAGUUUUUGCAAGACUGGCAAUACAAACCAUAUCAGAUAAUUUAGAUUUAAGAGACGACUCUCGACUGAGAAGCCUUGAUAUAAGGUGUAUUCGCAGCCUAAAUGGAUGUAGAGUUACUGAUGAAAUUUUGCAUUUAGUGCCAAAUAAAGAAACUUUUAGACUCACCCUAAGAGCAGUCAAAUUAUGGGCAAAACGACGUGGUAUUUAUUCCAACAUGUUGGGAUUCCUUGGUGGUGUCUCUUGGGCAAUGCUAGUUGCAAGAACUUGCCAAUUAUAUCCAAAUGCAGCAGCUUCUACUUUAGUUCAUAAGUUCUUUUUAGUUUUUUCCAAGUGGGAAUGGCCAAAUCCUGUGCUGCUGAAGCAACCAGAAGAAAGCAAUUUGAAUUUGCCUGUUUGGGAUCCUCGGGUAAAUCCAUCAGAUAGGUAUCAUCUCAUGCCCAUAAUCACCCCUGCCUACCCACAACAGAAUUCUACGUAUAAUGUGUCCACAUCAACUCGAACAGUAAUGGUAGAAGAAUUUAAACAAGGUCUUGCAGUCACAGGUGAAAUUCUUCAAGGGAAAUCAGAUUGGUCCAAACUACUUGAGCCACCAAAUUUUUUUCAAAAGUAUAGACAUUAUAUAGUAUUGACUGCCAGUGCAUCAACAGAAGAAAACCAUCUAGAGUGGGUUGGAUUAGUAGAAUCUAAAAUCCGUGUGCUUGUUGGAAACUUGGAACGGAAUGAAUUUAUUACUCUUGCCCAUGUAAAUCCCCAGUCAUUCCCAGGAAAUAAGGAACAUUAUAAAGACAAUAAUUACGUAUCAAUGUGGUUCCUUGGAAUAAUUUUUCGGAGAGUAGAGAAUGCAGAAAGUGUUAACAUAGACUUGACAUAUGAUAUACAAUCAUUUACUGAUACAGUGUACAGACAGGCAAACAAUAUAAACAUGCUAAAGGAGGGAAUGAAAAUUGAAGCAACUCAUGUUAAAAAAAAACAGCUUCAUCACUAUCUUCCAGCAGAGAUCCUUCAAAAGAAGAAAAAGCAAAGUCUUUCUGAUGUCAAUCGUUCAAGUGGACCUCAAUCCAAAAGAUCAUCUCUGGAUAGCAAUUGUUUGGAUAGCUCUAGAGACACUGAUAAUGGAACACCUUUUAAUUCCCCAGUGUCUACAAACAAACCUUCCAAGCCUGAUAUUUCUCCUUCAGGAGAAACAGAAAGGAAUAACACUGAACCUGCUGCUGUGAUUGUGGAAAAGCCAUUGAGUGUUCCGCCAGCUCAAGGACUAUCUAUUCCAGUCAUUGGUGCAAAAGUUGACUCUGUAGUAAAAGCUGUAUCACCCCCAGCUGUGUGCACCAUUCCUACUGUAGUAGGACGAAAUGUUAUUCCUAGGAUCACAACACCCCACAACCCUAUCCAGGGACAACCACAUCUAAAUGGGAUGGCAAAUAUAACUAAAAAUGUUGUGCCCAAAAGGUCCCAUUCCCCAUCUAUAGAUAUGUCUUCAAAGAGAUUAAAAGAUAUAGAAAAGUUUAUUCGACUUGAAUCAAAGUUUAAGGAAUCACGUGCUGCUGAAAACAGAAAAAGAAAAUCAGUGGACGCCAUUGGAGGAGAAUGUAUGCCUAUUCCAACUAUUGAUACUUCACGCAAAAAGAGACUGCCCAGUAAAGAACUACCAGAUUCAUCAUCUCCAGUUCCAGCAAAUAACAUUCGUGUCAUCAAAAAUUCUAUUCGACUGACUCUUAAUCGAUGCAGUAGCAUCCUCUCAUUGAUUGCUACAUACACUUCUCUGAGGAUCACGUGCUGUCAAAUUGUCAUCUAUAAUAUUAUGGCUUUGUGUUGGAGGUUUUACUGCCUUAACUUUUGAUGCUUAAUUCUCUACUAUGGGAACCAGUUCUUGGCUCUUUGGACACUGAUAAAACAAGUCCUGAACUCCCUCUCCCCACUUUUUUCCUUUUUAUUUUCUUCCUUUUUCUUUUUUUUUCUUUUUUUGAUCUUACAUUGUAAUCAUUGUAUAAAAUUGAAAAAGUUGAAAACAAAAAAAAAUUGUCUUGUAAUUUCCCAAAUGUUAACAUAUUUACUUUAGCAUUGAAACCACUUUGUGAAACAUGAGAUGAAUGAAUGUGAGGUAUCUUUUCUGCUUUCCUCAUUUGUGUAGAUGUACUUAAUGUCUCCUAUUGAUUUAAGUUAUUUUUUCCAGAUUGGCACAUGGAAUAUUUAAAAAAAAUUUUUGUGUGUGUGUGUGCCUUUCUGUCUAAAAUGUUCCAUAGCUACCAGGGAGGAUUAGUCUAGUAAUUACAUAAAUUUUCUAUAUUUUGCCUCCCAUGGAGGCCUUCAAAAUGCAUCUUUAUCAAAAUAGAACCAGGAUACUAAAAAUCAGUAUAUGAAUGGUGAAAUUGUUACAUAUCAUAUCUCAUGCCAUUCUUGUUAGCUGGCUGGUAUUUUUUUACUGAGUAGCAACUCAUUCCAGCAUUAACAAUAAGAUACCUUUAAGUAUGGCAAACUUGUAUUUUUGAGGUGUAAAUUUAAAUUGGCAUGAUAAUUCCUGACCAUCACCUACCCCACAACUUCACACAUUUUCUUCACAGACUAGGCAUGCAGAAAUAAGCAGUGGAUUUUAUUGGAACCCAAAGGCAUUUUUGAAUAACAUUGUUACCAACCAUUAAUUGGCUCAGGACCUUUGUAAUUUUUAUUUAAUUAAAUGAGUUGUCUUUUUUUACACUGCUUUUUUCAAUGCAUUUCGUAAUAUUUUUUAAGUUUCAUGAACGCAUGCUCAGUUUAUUAAAAUCCAUAACCAUGUAAUUCUUGUAAUAUGUUGAUUCAGUGUUUUGUAAAUGAAGUCGUAUGUAUUUUCAGAGUAUUUUUGUAUGUACUGUAAGAUACCAUCUUUUCAAAGAGAAAACUUUAAAACCUU